AUGUCGCCGUGUUUGAACCCCAACACGGCGUCCGUAUUAGUCGGCGCCACGAAGAAGAAUGGUCAGGUGGCGAUCUACAAGGAGAUGGAGAUCUGCUCCAAGCCCACCAAGGUGAUCCAGUUCGACAGAGCCGAGUCCUGCAGCCUGGGAUACGGUUUCUGCGUGGCGGUGGUGGACGAGGACGGCACACAGCAGCUCCACAUCACUGAAGUCAAAGCAGAAGGACUGGCGUCGGUCAAAGGUGCGCAUGACUGCGACGACCACGGCUUCAGCCCGCUGCACUGGGCCUGCAGGGAGGGGCGCGGCGGCGUGGUGGACAUGCUCAUCAUGAGGGGCGCCCGCAUCAACGUGAUGAACCGCGGCGACGACACACCCCUGCAUCUGGCCGCCAGUCACGGCCACAGUGACAUCGUGGCCAAGCUGAUUCAGUACAAAGCGGACCCAAACACCGUCAACGAACACGGGAACACGCCGCUGCACUACGCCUGCUUCUGGGGCCAAGAGGAGGUGGCGGAGGACCUGCUGGACAGCGGUGCUGAGGUGUGUGUGUGCAACAGGUACGGACAGACGCCUCUGGACAAGGCCAAGCCCCACUUGAGGCAACUUCUUCAAGAAAAGGCAGAGAAAAUGGGCCAGAGUCUGACCAAAGUUCCUUACAAGGAGACUUCCUGGAAGGGCACCAUGCGGACGCGACCUCGCAACGGCACCCUCAGCAAGCAAGCUGCCAUCGACUACAAGCAACUUUCUCUGCUGACAAAGAUCAACGAAAACCACUCGGGAGAGUGCUGGCAGGGUCGCUGGCAGGGCGACGAGGUGGUGGUCAAGGUGCUGCGCGUGAGAGACUGGACCACCAGGAAGAGCCGAGACUUUGGUGAGGAGCAUCCCAAACUACGGAUCUUCUCCCACCCGAACAUCCUUCCCGUUCUGGGAGCGUGCCAGUCUCCCCCCUCCCCGCACCCCAUCGUCAUCACCCGCUGCAUGCCGUACGGCUCCCUGCACAGCCUCCUCCACCAGGGCACCACUCUGGUGGUGGACCAGAACCAAGCGGUCAGGUUCGCCUUGGACAUCGCCAGCGGUAUGACCUUCCUGCACACCCUGGAGCCCAUGGUGCAGCGGCUGCACCUCAACAGCCAGCACGUGAUGAUCGACGAGGACAUGACGGCCAGGAUAAACAUGGCGGACGCAAAGUUCUCCUUCCAGUGUCCCGGUCGCAUGUACGCCCCGGCCUGGGUGGCCCCAGAAGCCCUGCAGAAGAAGUCUGAGGACAUCAACAGGAGGUCUGCAGACAUGUGGAGCUUUGCGGUGCUGCUGUGGGAACUUGUGACCAGAGAGGUGCCCUUUGCCCACCUUUCACCCAUGGAGAUUGGCAUGAAGGUGUCUCUGGAGGGCCUCCGGCCGACCAUCCCGCCGGGGAUCUCUCCGCACAUCUGCAAACUGAUGAGGCUUUGCAUGAACGAGGACGCCGCCAAGAGACCCAAGUUUGACAUGAUCGUGCCCAUCUUGGAGAAAAUGCAAGACAAGUAAACGCCAGGGCUAUCAAGUAGCUGCUGUAAAUAAUGUCACUUUAACCACCCAGUAAAUAUACCGUCAUCAUUUAAGUCGGCACUGACUUUUUUUGUGGAAGACUCAAGUGAAUAAUUAGCCACUUGUACAAAUAACGAUUGUGUAUAAAUAUGAUUUUGGUACUCCAGCAACCAAACAGCAAUGCAAU